AUGUUCCAGCAUCCCGGAGAUUCCAACAUCUCUAAGUUCCAGGUCUCUGAGUUCAUUCUGAUGGGAUUCCCAGGCAUUCACACCUGGCAGCACUGGCUCUCCCUGCCCCUGGCUCUGCUCUACCUCUUAGCUCUCACUGCCAACAUCCUUAUCCUGAUCAUCAUCAAUCAGGAGGCCACACUGCACCAACCUAUGUACCAUUUCCUGGGGAUCCUGGCUGUGGUAGACAUUGGACUGGCUACCACCAUCAUGCCCAAGAUUUUGGCCAUCUUAUGGUUCAGUGCCAAGGCCAUCAGUCUCCCUGAGUGUUUUGCUCAGAUGUAUGUCAUACAUUGUUUUGUGGGCAUGGAAUCAGGUAUCUUUGUCUGCAUGGCUAUAGAUAGAUAUGUAGCCAUUUGCAAACCAUUACACUAUCCAGCAAUAAUCACUGAAUCUUUUGUGGUCAAAGCAACUGUGCUCAUGGCCCUCCGAAAUACCCUAACUACCAUCCCAGUGCCUGUGUUGGCUGCUCAGAGACACUACUGCUCACAGAACCAAAUUGAGCACUGCCUGUGCUCUAAUCUUGGAGUCACUAGCUUAUCCUGUGAUGACAGGACAAUUAACAGCAUCUACCAGCUACUUCUGGCAUGGACAUUGAUGGGGAGUGACCUGGCUUUGAUUUUUUUAUCAUAUGUUUUGAUACUUCACUCAGUGCUGAAGCUGAACUCAGCAGAAGCUGCUUCCAAAGCCCUAAGUACCUGCACUUCCCACCUCAUCCUAAUCCUAUUCUUCUACACAGUUGUCAUUGUCAUUUCUAUCACCCAUAAUGCAACAAUGACGUUUCCCCUUGUCCCAGUUCUACUCAAUGUACUACACAAUGUCAUUCCUCCUGCCCUCAACCCCAUGGUAUAUGCACUCAAGAACAAGGAGCUCAGGCAGGGUUUGUAUAAGCUUCUGAAGCUGAACAUCAAAGGCAACGAAUGUGGAAGAGGCUCACUUAGGUAA